AUGUCCGUCGUGAUGCAAUUUUUCUACUUUUUCUUCAGCUUCUUCUUUGUGGCCACUUUUGGGUUGCAAUGUUAUGAGGGUGGGAGUGCUAUUGUUGAUGGGAAGAAGCAGGAAACUAAAAACAACGUCACCUGCGAAUGCGGAAAAUUUUGCGCCAUGUACCUGAUCGAGACCGAUGGUGUUGAAACAGACUUCUGGAGCUGUGGAUGUGUGAACCAACAGAUUGGCCAAGUCAAUCUAUGCACGGAAUCCGGCGUCAACAAAAUGGGCAAGGACCCCGAAUUUGAGGUCGACUGCUGCAGCGGGGAUUUGUGCAAUGGGGAUAUCAAGCACGAUAAAGACGACAAGGCAGCCGGAACAAACUUCUUUUUCUUCUCCACCUUUUUCGUCUUGUUAUCGAAUUUUUUC